UACUUUCUUCUUUCUCUCUCUAAACGUAAAACCGUUAGCACCUGUAGCAAUAACUUAGUACUGUACAAUACACAUUCAAUCCUUGUUGUCGGCCCCUCCCAUCCGUGCCGCCCUAUACCACCACGGCACCUCCCCUUCCUCCAUGGCCUCCCUCCCUCGUUUCCACCGAAUACCGUCGUGAAGGAACCCCCCUCGGCGCUCGCCUUCAGCUCGUCAACCCUUGUAAUCUGGUUCAUUGCUAUUUAUAUUCUAGAUACAAUGAGUAUCGCAUUUAAAUCCCUACGAUGUUUGAAGCAAAUCUGCAUCAAUGUCAAAGCUCCCCAGAACUCUAAUUAUUUAAUCAGCAGAUACAUAUUAGCUUCCCUUUUUUCAUCAACAUCAUACUGGCAGAGAGUCAACAGACGAAAUUUAGCUGCGUCAAAGCCAACCCUAGACGAAUUCCAAUUUCGUCGAGCCGUUUCACAGCUUCUGCCUCGAUUCAAACCUGAAGACCUCCAUAACUUAAUAAAUCGACAAGAAGAUCCAUUGGUAUGUUUGGAGUUGUUCAAUUGGGCGUCUCAACAACCUAGAUUUACACACGAUGUAUCCACAUUCCAUGUUACGAUUAAGAAGCUCGGCGCUGCAAAAAUGUACGAUGAAAUGGAUCUAAUCGUCAACGAGGCGUUGGCGAUUCCUUCUUUUGGUUCCGAAGCUCUUUACAACACGAUGAUAUACUUCUUCACAGAAGCAAGGAAGUUGAGUAGAGCUGUUAACGUGUAUAAACACAUGAGAAGCCUGAAGAAAUUGGAUUGUAAACCUUCGAUCAGAACGUAUAAUCUUCUAUUCACUUCGUUUUUGAGCAGGAGAAGCAAUACCUACAUAAAUCAUAUGUAUAUGGAUACCAUGAGCAUGUUGUUCAAGCAGAUGGUUGAUGAUGGGAUCGAUCCUGACAUCUUUGCUUUGAAUUCCAUGAUCAAAGGGUACGUUCUCUCCCUUCAUGUCAAUGACGCGCUUAGAUUAUACCAUCAGAUGGGCGUGGUUUAUGAUUGUGUACCGAAUUCGUUUACUUUUGAUUACUUGAUCCAUGGUUUAUGUUCUCAAGGAAGAACAUGUAAUGCUAGGAAGAUCUGUGAUGAGAUGAAGGCGAAGGGUUUUGUUCCAAGCAGUAAAUCCUAUAACUCGCUUGUGAGUUCGUUUGCACUUGAGGGAGAGAUCGAUGAAUCUGUGAGUUACUUGUGGGAGAUGAUUGGAAACGAAAGGUUGGGUGAUUACAUUACGUAUAGGACUGUGGUUGAUGAGUUAUGCAGACAACAGAGGUGUGGAGAUGCUGUAAAUUUGCUUAAGGAAUUGCAGGAGAAAAGGUUGGUGGAUCGGUCUGCUUACAGGAAGCUUGAAUAUGAACUUCAAGUCAAUUAUAGAAACUUGUAUGAUGGCAAUGGGCCAUAAAGAUUAUGUAGGAACCAUGCCAAACCCAUGAAGCGCUAAAAGUACAGGAGGAAUGACCAAAAAUAUUUCAGAUCGAUAGACAAAGAACCAACUCUACAAAAGCUACGAAAAAUAGAUUCUUGAAAUGCACACGGUGUUGAAGGAUAUGUAGUUGAUGUUGAAGGAGAUGAACAAAAACAGUAGUUUGGAGUUUAGAAAAAUAAAGAUUUACAACUGUUAUCUUACAUAAGAACGGUUUUCACAUUGUGCAUUAUAAUAUUUGAUAUACAAUUGUUAUCUUAAAUAUUGUGGAUUAUAAUAUUUGUUUUAAUUGUGAAAAAUAGAUAUACAACUUUACCAUUAUCCGUUUAUUAUCGAAAAUAUCCAGAAUGUUUUGUAUUUUCAUGUCAAUAAGUGUCCGAUUCAUGGAUUUUAAGGUAAAGCUCAACGUAUACACUCCCAGAAAAAAAAAAAAAAAAAUACAAAGAUCUAUAUGAUCUAUCAUCCACAACUUAAAAUUGGUAAACAAAGAGGUGAUCUAAUUCCCAUAACAGAAAAAAACUAUUGCCCCAUCACAAAACUCUGCUUGCAAGGUCUACAAUGACAACAGUACAAAAAAAAAAAGAAUGGGGGGAAAAGAAAAUGCAUAAUAGUUCAUCCCCAAAAAAGUUUCUAUCAGAAUAAAAUAUUAGCUGC